GCGGAACAGUAGGACGGACCGGGAGCUCCUGUGAUGGAGCAGCACGAAGCAAGCAAGGAAGGAAGGAAGGAAGGAAGGGAAGGGAGGGGAGGGGAGGGGAACGACAUCGGCCGACUCAAGCAAGACACGAGAAGAUUCAGCGUCUCGCGGCCCCGGUUUUGUUCGAGGAGGAUUUGCAUCGAGGCGGGCCGCGCCCGGCCGAAUGAAUGAAUGACGUUCCCGAUCAUUGUCGCGUGAAGGGGAGGGCUUCGGGUAGCUGUGUACGGGAGGAUCGGUCGAAUAAAAGGGAAUUAAUUUUUCCCUGAGGCUCUGAGCCUAACGGCGUGAAUGGAGGUCGCGAUGGGGGACAAGCUGUCAUGGUUAAUGGCAGCACUGGUCCUCCUGCAUUGCGUUUCGUCUGCAGCUGCCGAUUCCAUUCAGGGAUGUGGAGGUUUUGUCGAGGCCAGUACAGCCCUUUCAAAGUUGCGACGACCCUCGGAUCCGAAGUUGGACUACUCCCACAUGACUGUGGAACUUCGCACAUUGGACGGUCUCAUAAAGGACAGCACACAGUGUGCUCCCAAUGGGUAUUACUAUCUGCCUGUCUAUGAUCGGGGUACUUUUGUUAUCAAAAUCAAAGGGUUGGAAGGUUGGUCGUUUGAACCUGAGCAGGUUACUGCUGUUGUUGAUCACAAUGGUUGCAACAACAAUGACGACAUCAACUUUAGAUAUACUGGAUUUUCUCUGUCCGGAAAGGUACUGGGGGCAGCUGGAGGAGCAAGUUGUUCCGGAACUGAAGGCCCUGCUGGUAUCAAGGUCACUGUUGUUCCAGAAGGUGGUUCAUCUGGUGAAUCCAUGACAGUGGUUACAUCACCAGGCGGCAGCUACAAAUUCUCGAACCUCCCCGCAGGAAAAUAUAAGCUCUCGGCAUCCCAUCCAAAGUGGAACGUCCAGGUCAAUGGAGUGCCAGAGGCGGAACUCAACUGGAACAACGGCGUUGUGGAUGACAUUUUCUUCAUAGCGGGUUACGACAUCGAUGGUUCCGUCGUAUCUCAGGGCAAUCCUGUUCUUGGAGUUGAGGUGUAUCUCUAUUCAGACGAUGUCCAGGAGAUUCCUUGUCCCAACGGACCAGGCGAUUCAAACGUUAUGCCGAAGAAAGCUCUUUGCCACGCUGUUUCAGGUGUAGAUGGGAAAUUCACAUUCUCUUCUGUUCCAUGCGGUCAUUAUCAGCUCAUUCCUUUUUACAAGGGCGAUACAACUGUUUUUGAUAUUUCACCACCAUCUGUUGAUAUACAUGUCACACACGAUUCUGUUGAAAUCGCCAAACCUUUCCAGGUCACUGGGUUUUCGGUUAGAGGCCGCGUUGUAGAUUCUCAGGGUGCAGGAAUAGGAGGUGUGAAGAUAGUGAUUGAAGAUGUAGAGCGCGCAACCACCGAUGCACAAGGAUAUUACAAGCUUGACCAGGUUACAUCAACACACCACACUGUGAAGGCUAAAAAGCCAUACUACAAGUUCAGCACUUUGGACAACUUCAUGGUUCUUCCAAACAUGGCGUCGGUUCCAGACAUCAAAGCAACCCAUUAUGCUGUUUGUGGAUCAGUCAGUGUUCUCAGUGCAGCUCAUACGGGAGUGAGACAGGUUGCUCUCACUCAUGGACCAGCAAAUGUGAAACCGCAAACCAAAAGAAGUGAUGAACGCGGUUCAUUCUGUUUCGAGGUUCCUCCUGGAGACUAUCGGCUAUCCCCUUUGAUCACUCCCACAGAAACUGUCGCUGGCCUCAUAUUUUCUCCUCCCUAUCUGGAUAUCACUGUCUACGGUCCAGUCACCGAUGCUUUGUUCGUCCAGGCCCAAGUCAGUGUUUCGGGUAUCGUGAAGUGUAAGGGCACGUGCUCCUCUCAUGUAGUUGUCUCCCUCAGCCCUGUAAGCACAACACCCUCCGCAAAAGCAGAUUCCAGCAAAAAGCAGAUUGCUCGCGUAGGAGAGGAUGGAGAAUCUUUCUCUUUUGAGAAAGUCUUGCCGGGAAAGUACCACCUCGAGAUCGCACAUGAGCCCUUGACUCAGGGAGCAAGCUGGGAUGACGAAUGGUGUUGGGAGCAAAAGUCCCUUUCCGUUGACGUUGGUAUCGAAGACAUCAGUGGGUUGACGUUUGUGCAAAAGGGUUACUGGCUGCACAUCCAAUCCACGCAUGCAGCGAGUGCAUACUUCCUGCAUGAACAGAAGGAUGCCAUGCCUCUUCAAAUUAAGAAAGGGUGGCAAAAAGUUUGUCUGGAAUCUCCAGGCAUCCAUGAGCUUCAGUUCCUUUGGCCAUGUGUAUUCUUCGGAGCUUUGUCAUUCCGAGUCGACACAGCCAUUCCUGAGCCGUUGCAUCUUGUGGGGGAAAAAUACGUGUUGACAGGGCACUUGAACAUCGACUCGAAGUUGUACCCAGAGGCAAACAAUCUUGCGAAUUCGAUGUCUGUAGAUGUAUGGCAUGAGGAUGGCGAUCAGGUUGCGCAGAAGGUUCACAUGCAUCUUGUCGCCGAAUCAAAUGAAACUCAUCCAGUUGCAGUCUAUAAGUAUGCUCACUGGGCACAACUUGGAGACAAGCUGGUAUUCGCCCCAAGACAUGGAGAGCAGGAUUCCGAUGCUGAACUAUCAGACGGAAAGAAGAUUCUAUUUUAUCCUAGAGAUCAAAAGUUUCAUGUUGAGACAGACGGAUGUCAGCCCGAGAUCCCCGUCUUCAACGGCCGUCCCGGAGUCUAUAAGUCGGGCACAGUCACUCCACCUAUCGCGGGUGUAAAUGUCACCAUUCUUGCGGUCGGAGAUAGCUCGUUGGGGCGUUUGAAGGCAGGAGAAUUAGCAGCAUGGACUCUAACUGGAGAAGAUGGUACCUUUUCAGCUGGACCGCUGUACGAUGAUACGUCAUACGACGUGCAAGCUGCGAAGGCAGGAUAUUAUCUAAAAUCUAUGGGCGAGAAUACCUUCUCCUGCCAGAAACUGGGUCAGAUUGUUGUAAAUAUUCUUCCCGGAGAAGGGGCAGAGGAGAAUUUCCCAGCAGUUCUCCUGUCCCUGAGUGGCGAUGAUGGUUAUCGUAAGAAUGCUGCAACAGAGUCUGGUGGAUCUUUAACCUUUGGGAACCUUUUCCCCGGAAGCUUCUAUCUACGACCUCUUCUGAAGGAAUACUCAUUUUCACCAGCAGCUCAAGCAAUUGAAGUUAGCUCAGGAGAGUUUAAAGAAGUUAGCUUCAGCGCUCGGCGUAUUGCAUACAGUGUCCUUGGAACUGUGACAUUUUUAUCUGGCAAACCAGCCGAAGGUGUGUCAUUGGAAGCUCGCUCAGAGAGAGGAUACUAUGAAGUAACCGUAACUGAUGCUGAAGGAAAAUAUCGACUAAGGGGUCUUCUACCUAAAACUAGCUACGGCAUUAAGACUAUCGUGAAGGAUGACAAUCCUUCCAAAAUUGAGAGAGCGUCUCCAGCUACUGCUGUUGUGAAGGUCAAUGACAAUGACACGUUUGGAGUUGAUUUCGUGGUCUUUGAGGAAACUCCAACUACCAUAGUAACCGGGGCUGUAGAAGGCGAGAACCUGGACAAAUGGCAACCACACAUCAUGAUCGAAUUCUCAAAAGCCUCCGAACCCUUCAGUGUUGUUCAAAGUGUUCCUCUUCCCCUGUCCUACUUCUUUGAAGUUCAGGGUCUACCCUCAGGAACUUAUAAUGUAAGGUUAGCUUUUGGCCUGUCCGAGCGAACACACAACUUUGAUUCAAGUGUGUUGGAGCUGGAUCUGGUAACGAAGAACCAUUUCCACUUGGGUUCACUGACUUUCAAGGCCGAGGAGAACCUUCAUAGUCAGGAGUUGACACUUGCCCCAGUGGUUCCCAUCGUGGUCGGAGUUGCAGUUAUAGCCAUGUUUGCAAGUAUGCCCAGGUUGAAGGAUGGGUACCAAUGGAUCGUAGGCACUAGUGGCCCUAGUACUUCGGUUCCAGGGCCAAAGAAAGAAGUACGGAGGACAACUGUCAGAACAAAAAGAGCUUUGUAGACGUAGGGCUUGUGACUUGGUCAAGGACCUGGGUCCUCUCAGUUUUGGUCACGUAUCUCGAAUGUACUUCACUAAAUUUCAGAGUAAAUUACAGCACAGGGCUUUCUUUUCCAAGUCCUGUGCACAUUCGGAUUUUCUCACUGGACUUCUUCGUAGAUUGUAUCCAGUCUCAGGGACGUGGAACAUGCUGGAAAUGGCUACCUCUCGUUGACCUAAUACUCUGCAGAAACCGUGCAUCACGAAGCCUAUGGGUUCUCUGAUUUCGACGAUUCUGUCUGGCGACACCGAUAGUUAGCUGUCAGUCUGAGCACAUUCGCCG